UAGAUGUUCCAAACGGCUUCCAUCUCACGAAAUUACCCAGUAGCCGUUGACGGCUCUUUAGGUGACGGAUCGAGUCCAGUAUUACAAUUUUCUUUUCCCCUUUUCAUUUACUUUUUUGGACAAUAAAAAAAGAGUACAAGAGGAUAACGUUGCUUAGCUAGCCGGGUCACUUCGCUAGAAAGCUACGUGAUAGCAUAGCUAACCUCAUUCUGCGAUACAACCUCGAGACAAGUCGGGACAAGACCAGUCUCAGGGCUCACCAUACUCAAUGAGCGGACAGCGCAAUGUCAGAGCGCUCUGGGCAAACUGCAAAGGGGAAGGAAGGCAAAACCAAGUAUGCGUCUCUCAACCUGUUUGAUACAUACAAAGGAAAGAGCCUUGAAGCACAAAAGCCUGUUGUUCCCCCCCGCCAUGGCCUGCAGUCUCUUGGUAAAGUUGCCUCCGCGCGGCGUAUGCCACCCCCUGCCAACCUGCCCAGUCUGAAGGCAGAGAACAAAGGCAACGAUCCCAACGUCUCCCUCGUUCCCAAAGACGGCACAGGAUGGGCAAGCAAACAGGAACAAGCAGACCCAAAGAGUACCGAUGCAUUGUCAGCACCGCAGCCGGAAUCGCAGCCGCCUGUGGCUUCACCGAUACCUGCACCGACCCGCCCGAGAACCCCGCCAGUUUCAGAGGCUCUGGCCCCAGCUUCCACCCAGGUCGUAGGGGCAAGGUCCUGGGCACAGGCCAGUGUCACACUUGGAACACAAGGGGAUGGUGGAAAGGGAUCAAACCAACCGUCGCCAUUCUCUCGCGAGGAAUUUCCCACCCUGCAGGCGGCUGGCGACCAGGACAAAGCUGGCAGAGAACAGGGCACUGCAGAUCAGUGGUAUGGGCCCGGACCAAGCCUCCGCCCCCAGAACGUUACAAGUUGGCGGGACGGUGGGGGCCGAGCCCUGGCACCCACCAUGUCUGGGGAGGGGGCAGUGGAGGGUGGCACUGGUGGGGCUUUGAUGAUGGAUGGGGCAGCUGGGGUCCCCCCUCCAAACUCUCAGUCCCACGGGCCACCUAGAAACCCUCCCGCAGGCAGCCCCGCCUUGCCCCUGCCCCAGCCCCCUGUGGGGCCUGGAUUCCCCCAAUACCGAGGGAUCAUGCCUCCCUUCAUGUAUCCUCCCUACCUGCCCUUCCCAGCCCCCUAUGGCCCUCAGGGGCCGUAUAGGUACCCGGCACCUGGGGAAGGGCCUGCUCCAAGGUUCUCUCGUGGGCAAGGUGGUCCUGACAGUAGGCCUCAGGGCAGCCAACGUGACGCAGGUGGAGAGAUGGUGAAGCGACCCUCUAUCCUAAAGCAGGAUGACCUGAAGGAGCUAGACGAGCUGGACCAUGACGGAGACGAAGGCUGGGCAGGGGCUCACGAGGAGAUUGAUUACUCCGCCAAGUUGAAGUUCAGUGAUGAUGAAGGAGAAGAAGAGGGGGAAGAAGAGAGAACCGAGAGCAACAAUGACUUGCGUGAGCAGCAGAGGUCCCAGGAAGCCCCCUCUGCAACCUCUCGCUCUCGAACCUCGGACAGCGGCGGAGAGACGCGCCACACCCCUCCCUCUAAUGCUGACAAUGGCCCCCAACCCCCCUCCAGUAAGCCAGGAUGGGCCGAGGAGGGAGGCAGUGGCUGGGCUGGCCAGGGAGCACCAUCCAACUACCAGGGGCGCAGGCCUGGAUUGGGUGGUCCCCGGGAGCAGCCCUCCCCCCCACCUGGGCCGCUCCUUGGACAAGGGCCUUAUUCCUUUUAUCGACAGGAUCGGCCCCACAACCAGGGUGCCCCCCUAGGCCCGGCGAAACCUGGCCCCACCCAGCAUCAGCCACCAGCAGGAGGCCCUACUCCUCCGCCCCAGCCGGGCCUGCUAGUCCAUGGGGCCCAGGGGGAGGAUGAGGAUGAGACUUGGCGUCAGCGCAGGAAGCAGUCCUCUACUGAGAUUUCUGCUGCUGUGGAGCGAGCGCGACGCCGCCGUGAGGAGGAGGAGCGUAGAAUGGAGGAAGAGAGACGCGCAGCAUGCGCAGAGAAGCUAAAGAGGCUAGAUGAAAAGCAGCAACAGCAGCAGGGAAGCGGCGUAGGAGGUGGUGGUGGCAGUAAAACCCCCAGCCUUGAUGGAAACUCUACAGCUGCCACAGCAGGUAGCCCUAGUCCAUCUAUUUCAGCCUCCUCCCCCAACAUCAGCCAGCCCCCAUCCCCCUGUGUGGACCCUGAAGAGCCUCCAAUGCUGGCUGCUCAGCCAGGGUCCAGCCCUGGAGUCAGUGACAGACAGCGAGCUAACAGCAACAGCAGCUAUGACUCCAGUGCAGAUGUCCAACAGUGUCCCCAGCCAGCUGUGCCACAGCCACAGCAGCCCACGCUGGACAUACCUUUACCAGGAGAAAAUAAGGAUGAGACCAUGAGCAGUCCCCACAUUCGUGCAGGAAGUGGAGGUGAAAGAGGAAUCGAUCCAGUGAAGACUGAGAAUAUUGGAGGGGGAGCAGGUCGUCAAGCUGGUGGUCCUCCUGGCCAGGGUUACUCAAAGUACCAGAAGUCUCUUCCACCUAGAUUUCAGAGACAGCAGCAGGAGCAGCUCCUGAAGCAGCAGCAACAGUGGCAGCAGCAGCAACAACAGCAGCAGCACAGCCAGGCAUCACAAAGCCAGCUGUCUCCCCAGCCCCAGGCUCCACAGGGCCCUUCACCAGGUUCAACACCCCAACCAGGACCUGGACCCAAGCAAGGCGGACCCCUGUAUCAACCCAGUAAUAUGGUUCGACCCCCGCCGCUGCCAAUGAAUUUCGACCCUCGCUGGAUGAUGAUGCCCUACAUGGAUCCUCGCAUGAUGCAGGGCCGCCCUCCGCCUAUGGACUACUAUUCAGCUGGCAUGCAUCCAUCAGGGCUUAUUGGGCGUGAGCGGUCUGAUUCAGGGGGAUCUGGUUCAGACCCCUUUGACAGGCAGCAACAGCAUCCAGGGCACCCUCACCGGGGGACCCCCCCUAUGGAUCCUAAGCUGGCCUGGGGGCCAGAGGUAUUCCCUGGCGCAGGGGAGGGCCGUGGGCUAGCGUCGCCCCACAGGCAGAAGCAGGCAUUGGAGGAUGAUGAUGGGGCCAAAGGACCCAGGAGCGACACUCCUCCACAACGCAUGCGAGAGAGUGGAUUGGGACCCAUACAGCAGCCCACUGUCAGCUCUGGGACAUCCAAUCAGACUCCACCUCCAAUUGCCACUCAAGUUGGUGCGCAGGGAGGCACCCACCACCCUCAUCACUACAUGAGUGGGCGGAGCAACUACAGCAACUUCCCUGACCAGGGUGCAAGGAUGCUUCCCCACCAACAGCAGCAGAGGGCGGGUGAGAGGGGAAACCAGCCACAUAGCUUCACCCAUCAAGAUGAAGGGCCUCCCCGAGGACCUCAGCAAGGCCAGAUAUGGGGAGCCCCUCACCCUCACUAUGAUCGCAAUGGUCGAGCCGAUCACCCCCCUGUUGAGAGCAACUCUCAUCUUCACCACCAUCAUACCCACCACCCUCAGCAGCCUCACUUCCCUCUCCACCCGCAUAAGCCAGAGAACAGCCGUGACAGGGUUGUUGAGGCCCCUGCUAAGAAGACAGACUCUUCUCCCCCAAUCCAACAACCUUCCCUCUCAUCUUCUUGCUCUUCCUCCUCCUCUUCUUCUGCCAGGGAAGAUGGGAAUGUGAAAGUUGCCCUCCAUCAUCACCCAUCGCAGAGAGAGAGUGAAGCUGGUAUCGGGCACAAUCACAGCGAAAGAGGCAACAGUGGCAGUAGUAGCCAUGUGAAACAGGAGAAAACAGGCCCACCAUUUGCUCCCCAUUCCUCCAUGACCUCUAGCCCACCUCCCUCUCAACAUGCCAGUCAUACUCAGCCGCAGCAGCAGCAGCAUCCCCAUCCUAAAUCAAACCAAAGAGGGGGACGGGAGCACAAGACAGAGACCCAGUGGGGCCCACGGCCUGGCAGCAGCAACACGGGUGGGGCGUCCUCUCAUGGCAGGAGGGCCAACAACUCCCGUGGAGGGGAGGACUCCAACACUCCAUCGGAACACAAACCCUCCAAUCAGGCAGGAGGCAGCAAUGCCAACAAGAGGGCUGGCCCCAUUAAGAAGCCAGUGCUGAAGGAGAUGAAGAGAGACGGUGGGGAAGUUGAUGGAGGAGAAAAAACAAGUGUAGGCUUUGGGAAAGAUAAAGAGCAAGAUGUUGGUCAACCCACCUCCAUGAAGCAAGAAGCUUCCAACAACUCCCAGAAUACAUCAGCUCCGUCUAAAGAUGAGCCGCCCCAGACAGCCAAACCCAGGAAUGGAGGAAAAGAGCGAUCCACAGGAGGAGGUGGGGGAGGGUCAGGUAGGGGGCCCAAAGAUGUAGACACCACUUCAUCAGGAUUUUCAGGGUCCUCCUCCAGGAGGGACAGGGACCGCUCCUUUGAGAGAGGAGGCGGUGCCUCCCACCACCAUGGAGUCCCCUCCAAAGGCAGCAGAGCCAAUCGCGGGCGAGGGGGAGAGUUCUACGGGCGUGGCCGUGGUUACCGCGGCACUUACACGGCUACUGCUGUUCCCAGCGGUGGAAGUCGGGGCAGAAUGGGUGGCAGGAGCGGUAGAGACUAUCGCUCAUCUGUAUCCAGUGGCCAUCACCAUGAGUCCAAGGGUGAGGGGCCCGGUGGCAGGCAUGGUCAGGAUCGGUCCCAGCAUAACCCAGCCAGAGCCAGGAACCGAAGUGAAACCCGCAGUGAGGGUUCAGAGUAUGAGGAAAUUCCCAAGAGAAGGAGGGAGAGAGGUUCAGAGACUGGCAGUGAGAGUGGUGCAAGUGACCUUGGUCACUCAGACAAGGAUGACAACCAGAAACCCAAGAAUGGCUCUAGUCAUGCCAACCCCGUUGGCAGCGGCACCAUGUCAUCUGCACCAUCCAGAGGUUCCCAGGCUCGGGUCUUCACCCCCAGAGGUGUGCCCUCUAGAAGGGGCAGGGGUGGAGGUAGUGGAGGAGGAAACAUCAACCGGGGUAUUGGCAAUUUUGGAGGAACACCUGGGGGACACCGGGUUGGACCCAGCUCAGCCUCUCAUGGUGGGUCCUCCAAGUUGUCAGCCUCAGGCCGAAAGCAGCAAGGCCCACCACAAACGUCUGGGCCUAAAGACUCGGGCAGGGGAGGAAAUGGAGGAGAGAAGAAAGACAAGACAGCUGAAAGUCACACUCAAAGUCAGGGGUCCAAUCCCCCUCAAAUGUCUUUGCCCACUGCAGCUCCUGUCCCUCUAGGUUCCACUGAAAAUGGAGGAGUCGUAACCCAGCAGGCUUCAAACAACCCUACGCCAAACUCUGGAGGGCCAAAUGCGCUCCCUCUUCCCACUAACCGUGGGUUCCCUCCAGGUGGGUUUGAGCGACCUCCUAGACGUCGACGUCACGGGCGUUCCCAGCACCAGCAGGACAAGCCACCCCGCUUCCGGAGACUGAAGGAGCGAGAGAAUGCUGCACGUAUCAACGGAGGAGUGGGAGUUAUUGGGGGAGGAAGGCCCUCCUCUCCUUCCCUGAAUUCAGUUCAGGACAGUAACGGAGCCCCCAUCUCUGCUCCCAUGACAGGCAGUGCUCAAAAUGCUAACCACAAUACCACAGUAACAACCAACAACAGUGGUGGUGGGCAUCUUACCAAUGCAAACAGCCACCACCAUCACCACUACAACCAGGGCAACGCAGGGCCGACACACACCCAGCACCACCGCAGCCAUGGAGCAAAGUCCCCUGACUUCACCAACCAGAACUCGGACCAGGCCAACGAGGAGUGGGAAACCGCCUCUGAGAGCAGCGACUUCACAGAGUUCAGAGACAGGGAGGGAGGAGGAGGGAAGUCAUAUUCUUCUCACCAUCCCCACCACCUGGGAAGGGGAGGAGGUGGCAGCGGAGGUGUAGUUGAGCGCGACAUGAUGGGAAAAGAGCCCUCCGCUAACAAAAGAAGCUUCUCAAGCCAGCGUCCUGGCAUGGAGCGACAGAACCGCAGGGUCAACCCUGGAGGAGCUGGAGGCGGAGGGGGAGGAAGAGGCCCACGAGGCCCGCCUGGUGGUGGCUCCAGCGGACCUGGUAAUGGAGGUGGCAACCGCGGGGAGAAGCGUGGCAACUGGCCCUCGCCAAAAAAUAGGAAGUGAUGAAAUAUUUUGAAAUAUUUCACAUAAACCCCACCCACAUUAAAACCACCCUCUUACAUCUUAAUCCUUUUUUGAUAAUUAUUUGCUGGCUUAUCUGUUGGCAUCCCUAAACAUAGUGUAUUGUACAGCAUAUGGAGAUGGUAUUCACAUUCACUUCAGCGCCCCACCCCGGUCACCUCUUCCCUUUGCAUCAAUCUACUAUCUACCGUCCGUUAUUGUAAAUUUUUCCAUUUUGUUCAGUCUUGCUUUCUGUUCAGUUGUACCCCCCCAAGAAUCUCACCCAAGUUGGAUUUGACAAGCAUGUGGUUCUGCAAUGGAGGUGCACGUGGUUUUGACAGAAGACAUUCACACAGAGCUCCACACACACUCGCAUAUACAAGCACAAAUAUGACAUCUUUACAAACACAUGGAACACAUGCAGUCAUGUGGGUGCAAAAUGUGGGAUUAAAUUGGCAAAAAAUGUUUGGAUUGGGCUAAUUUUUAUAUUUAUGUACCUGUGUAUAUUUCUACCACACUUUGGCCUUGGGUGGUAUUCAGUAGUGCAGUUCUGCAUUACUUCCCUCACAAAGGGAAAGAGUGCAGCUUCAUCUUUUAAACAAGAACAAUGUAACAUAUGAUGAUUUGUCUUUUGUUUUUUGUUUUUUUUUUUGGGCCUUGUGUCAGUUUCGUUUCAGCCUCUGGGAAAUGUUAAAGGUGUGUGUUUUUUCUUCUAAAAAAAGCAGGUCAUUAAAAAAACCUUUUUACUAAAUUCCCCAAUUCCUCUUUCUGCUGAGUUUUUGGUCUCCUGCAAAGUACGUAUCUGAUUACUGUGAUAAGACCCAUUAAAGUACUACUGCUCAGUGCUCAUCUACACUUCAUUGAUUUAUUUUUAAUAUCAGUGUUUCUGCUGCUUGUUCAGAUAGACGGUGUGAUUUAUUUUCUUUCUUUCCCCAAGUUGUUGACCUGCUCUAACAUUUCACCAGCUAUUGUUUAGUGUUUUUUUUGUUUUUUUUUUAGAAAAUAAAGGUUUUUUUCAGCCUCAUCGUAGUAUCCUUAACUGCAGAAGCUCUGCACACUGCAGAAAUCUAAGUUUUCAAAAGGGCAGUAGUUUUACACAUUAGUUUUGCUUAUCCUAUGAAGACUUUAUUGAUAGCUUGAUGGCUUUAUUUUAACAACCAUUAUUUCCUCAGUGACUUCAUUUUUAUGGCAACACUUUUUUCCUCCCUCAAGAUACCUAAAUUAUAUGGGGGGAAAUUAGUUUAAUGAAAAUGUAGGUCAUGAUGGAAUAAAGGAAAAAAUGUUUGAUUUCAUAACAUUGUUUUCUUCAGUAGAUAAUUGAAUAUGUUCUAAUAAGCACUCCUUGUAGUAUAACAAAAAUCAAUGGUUGCUGUUUCCCCCCCCCACUCGUUGUGUUUUUGGGCGAGUUACAUGUGAUGCAACAGGACAGGUACUCUGUCUGGGCCCAGAGUACAGAGCUAGGCUGAGUAUUGUACUAUUACACCCCCCUCCCCCCUCUGUGCUCUUGUGGAGACUCCUCACACAAAGAAAGGACUACUACCAAGAGCUCAAUGUCUGAGGAAGUAUUUUUUUCAAAGCGUGUUCUCGGGAUGUCUGUUUCAGUACACGGUGGUAACCAGUAACCCACACUAAUUGAAUUCAGGACAAUGCUGAAAGGGUGAAAGUGUCACCUUCUGCGGUUCACACGGUUUCCAAGAUUUCACUCGCAACAGAUUAUGCCUACAUGGAGUGUUGUGAAAAUAUUGGAUUGAUGUAGGAUUACACUUACAAACGGUGUUUAUAUCAUACGUAAAAGACAUAAAAUGGCACACAGCUUGAAAAAUGACCGGAAACGACAUCCAGUGUGAACUCAAUUGAUUUACACAGCUGCAUCAGUUCUUUCACUGCUGUAAGUUGGGGUUUGUUUGUUUACUGACAGUUUGAAGAUAGUCUCUGGGAUGUUGUGAGUAGGGCAUUUGAUUCAUGUAUGUGCGUGCGUGCUUGUGUGUAUGUGUGCGUUUUCUGGCGUCAAAUAACUCGGGAAGGGGUGGGGGACCAGAAGGGUUAUUAACAUGAAUGGCAAGCACUUUUCUGCCUUGUUUGCCCACACUUGAUUUAACCAUAAUUAUUAAGACAAUUCUACCGUUUCUUAAAUACAUCCACAUAUAUACAUUCAGCUGUGUGUGUAUAUGCUCAUCAUUCAAAUGAAGAACAUGCAGUGGAGAACUUUGCCAGUCCAUUUGGGGUAAUUGAAGCAUACAUUCUUCAGCAGGCAAGUGAAGUUGGACAUAAUGUAUUUUUCACUAUGACUUGUUCAAAGCAUGGACACACCCAUAGGUGGAGCUUGCCUUGCCUGUUACUGGUUUAUACAUUGAUAGCUGUACAUUUAACACUGGCUCAAAGAGUCCUUCAUCCCUCCUUAACUCUUAAUGUUGAUGUGCGCAUUAUUUUUAUGUACCCAUGUUAAAAGAAAACAAAAGUGGUGUAUGCCAGAAAAAAUUACUCAAGAUUGUACUCUGUUUCCAGCAUUACCAAGGUACCUGGAGUGGUUCAAACUGUUUUAUAGCAUUUAUGGUUUUAUUAAUGGAACCGUAAUAUACACACAUGUAUGUAUGUAUGUAUGUAUGUAUAUUGGUAUGUAUCUUAAGUUUUGUCUACCCCAACUUACAUUCCCACAAACAAAUGUUGCCAUUUUUAGUUCAAGGGAGCAAUGUACAAGCAGAGAAGUGUCUUAUUAUAAUAAAGUUAUACAGAGAAGGCAAAGUUAAAUAAACUACUUUUGAUUUAAUGGAAAA